UACGGAUGUUUGUAUUAUCCUCUAAUCUUUACACUAAUUAGACAUGAAAUGAAAUUGAAAAUCUCUCCACAGUUGUUAUCUUCUUCUUAAACCCUAAACCUCAAAAUCAUCAGAAGCAACACAUUUGAAUCCAUUCAAAUCCAAUCCAUGCUAUCUCUCACCAAACGCCUUUCCUCUCUCACCCCCUUUCUUUCUCGCACCUCCCAUCAACUUCGCUCUCCUCCUCAACCCUCCCCCACCCAUUCCAGACGCCGCCCCAAGUCUACGCCUCUUCCGCUCAAAAAACCGGAGGAAAGAUCAGAAUGGUGGAUCGUCGAUGGCGAAAUGCACGAAAUCGGUGAUCACGUUCCGCCACGUGAACGGUUCGUUAUUCCUCGUGAGAAUAUCCCUAACAAACGACGUAAACAGUUGAGAGAACAGUUCAUGCGUAGAACUCGCCUCGUUCUUAAGGAAUCUGAACAUGAUCCUUGGUGCAAAAGGUAUAUGGAAUUAUAUAAUGAACUUCGAGAAAAUUGGGAGAGACUUUAUUGGGACGAGGGUUUUUCUAACAAGCUUGCUCGGGAUCAUGCGAACUAUGAGUCUGCUGAAGAUGAUGAUGAAGAUUUCUCUCCUUACAGGAAUAGAAGACCCCAGAUGGAAUACAACAAGGACCUGAAUUUUGUUAGAGACAGAAAGUCUGAUACUUUGGAGAAAGUUAACCUCAUUCGCGAUAAAUUUGAGUAUGACAGAGAGAGAAGAAUGAGGGAGAAAGCAUUUGCUCCCAUGCAUGGAGGAUCUGUUGCUGAUUCUCAUGAUUCAGAAGGUUGGAACCAACCACUAAAUACAGAUCGAUAUUUUAGCCAAACGGAAAGGUAUCAAGAGGACAAUAAUAAGUGAGCUAUGCCUGCUAUCGCACAAGGGGGCAGUUUUUCUUUUCACUUAACAUUUCUUUCGGUUUACCCUCAAUACUCUUUUUGCUUCAAUAUAGUGUUUUCUAAAAAUAUGUUUGACAGAGAGAGAUUGUCUGGAUGUUUUUGGUUUAACGCCCCCCUUCAGUAAGGAAUUAAUGAAGGUGAAAUUGUGUUUUGUAAUAGAAACAUGAUAAUGUAUUAGAGCACUGACCUUAGCUCUGCCCCAAAGGUAGAUUGUUGUGACAUGUGAGAAUGUAAAUUGGAAGCAACAUGAUACUGAUGAGAAAUUGUAACUGAAAAACUCAUUUUAUCCGCAGUAUGUAGAUAGUAUCUUUUUUGCUUACUUAUGCUAAGCAAUAGAAUGCAAGCACAUGCUCAUGAAUACAACAUGCUUUUAAAUGA